UUUUUCGGGGGUAGGGUUUUGGGGACAGAAUAUUCGGCCGUGGUAUAAAAUCGAUUCCCUACCCGCUCUGGAGCCACAGUUCGCAAACAGUCCUAGUCCGAGUUCGAUCAGCUAGGAGGUUUUCGGGACCACCCUUUUUAACCCCACCCGCGCACUCAAUAGUUAUCGGUGUUAUUAUUAAUCGUUUUCGAUUGUAGCAGAGCAGUGAUAAAGGGUUGUUACAUAAUGAGAGUCUUUGUGCUAGGGUCCGUGUUGCUGUGGGCUUCUGUUUGUUCCGGUUCUCAUCACGCCGUGUCAUCCCAAUAUCAGGCCCACGAUGGCAUCGGUGGUUAUUCGUACGGUUAUUCCGACCCAAACUCACAGAAACAUGAAUCCAAGGAUGCUCAUGGAGUGACCCACGGAGGCUAUUCUUACAUCGAUGGUAGUGGUCAUCUUCAGACGGUGAAAUACACCGCCGAUCCAAUCCACGGCUUCCAGGUCGCGGCCACAAAUCUACCGAAGGGUCCCGCUCCAGCCGUGAUUUCCGUUCCUGCUCAUUACGCUGGCCCGUGGGCUUAUUCACAUCAUGCUGCUAUAGGGUACAACGGAGCUCCUCUGGAAACACCAGAGGUUCAGGCUGCCAAGGCCAAACACUUCGCUGCCCAUGCGGAAGCCAACGCUAGACUGCACAAGCGAUCGCUCUAUGCCGCUCCGUGGGGUUAUGUCCCAGCUGAUACCCCUGAAGUUGCUGCUGCCAAGGCCGCCCAUUUGGCUGCCCAUGCCGCUGCCAAGGCUGGUCAUUAUGGCCCAGCUCCAGUGAACCACUGGGACCAUCAGGCUCCAGCUCACAAGGUUUGGUACGGUCCCAUCCACAUUCCUGUGAUCCACAAGGGUGUACCAGUUGAAACCCCGGAAGUGCAACACGCUAAGGCUGCUCACGCUGCCGCCCACGCUAAGCUCCACGGAUACGCUCCGAUCCACGACUAUCACCAAGGUCAUGCGUAUGGUGCUUGGCAUGGACCACAACACAUCCCGGUGAUCAAGGGUGGAGUUCCUGUCGAAACCCCAGAGGUGCAGCAUGCCAAGGUGGCUCACGCAGCAGCCCACGCUGAGGUCCAUGGAUACGCCCCGAUCCACGACUAUCACCAAAGUCACACGUACGGCGCUUGGCACGGUCCUCAGCACGUUCCAGUGAUAAAGGGUGGAGUCCCAGUGGAAACUCCAGAGGUUCAGCACGCUAAGGCUGCCCACCUCAACGCCCUGGCCCUGGCCAGUGCCCACUCCGGACCACAUGGACACGAGGAUGACGGUUCGUACAAACCCCAGUGGGACCACAAAAAUUACCAGUAAUCUGAGAGACUCAUUCACAUUGUGCCUUCGUGGGGAAUUCGUUCACCCCACUCACCCAAAUGCCAAACCAACUUAGGAGCUAAAUAGAGUACACGCGAUCAACACGGUCCACUAGCCGGACUCCCACUUCCAGAAACUAUUGAGUGCUUUAGCAAAUCUUCAGCCGACUGUCGCCGAGAGAAGAAUUUUCCCCCCAAUCGAUGGGACUAGCUUCACUAGAUUCACUGUCUACUAGAGUUACUACUUUUGCUCAAAAAACUGAUCGAAUACCCUAGCUUCGAAUGCCUUCGAACGAACUGAAGUUAAUUGCUCACUACGUUGAAUGUCUGUGUAAAUAAUCGAAUUCUGC